ACAAAACGUGCUGCAAAACCCUAAACCCGACUCGAGGAGCGGCCUCGGCCUCGGCCUCGGCCAUCCGCCCAGGCAUUCGUCGAGCUCCAACGCAAUCACCUCGAUUCGGUUUCUCAUCUCGCAUUCUAUGAUUUGUCCAUCACCUUUCAAGUUCCAUUUCGAAGUGGCUCAGAUGUCGCUGCGGGCUGCGAACUUGAUAGCCGCAGGGGCAAAUUCCUUGUCAGGAACACCACUGUCUUUUCGGUCGCCUUCGAUGAGUAGGGUGUCUGCGUCCGCGGAUGCACUCACAACAGUACCGCUGGCUACCAAGGGAGCCUCCUUUAUCCGCAAGCACUUGCAGACUCUUGCACCCUAUACUCCCAUUGAGCCUUUUGAGAUAUUGUCUGCGAGACUAGGCAGGCACCCGAAGGACAUUGUUAAGUUGGAUGCCAAUGAGAAUCCAUAUGGACCGCCCCCUGAGGUCUUGGAAGCGCUGGGCAGCAUGGAGUUUCCAAACAUUUAUCCUGACCCAGAAAGUCGCAGGUUGAGGGCUGCACUAGCUGAGGAUACAGGAAUAGGAGCUGAACACAUUCUGGUCGGUUGUGGUGCUGAUGAGCUCAUUGACCUUAUUAUGCGGUGUACAUUAGAUCCUGGUGACAAGAUAUUGGACUGUCCACCCACAUUCACUAUGUAUGCAUUUGACGCUGCAGUGAACGGAGCUUCUGUCAUCAAAGUUCCUAGGUUGCCAGGGUUUGCGUUGGAUGUACCUUCCAUUGUUGACACCGUGCGACAACAGAAUCCUAAGAUAGUCUUUUUGACUUCGCCCAACAACCCUGAUGGAUGUUUGGUGUCGGACGAUGAGUUGAAGACUAUAUUGGAUCUACCCGUCUUAGUAGUUCUGGAUGAGGCUUAUGUGGAGUUUGCUCGAGAACCCUCUCGCAUUAACUGGGUGACGAAUUAUGAGAACCUGAUUGUUUUGCGCACUUUCAGUAAACGUGCUGGGUUAGCAGGUCUGCGGGUUGGCUACGGUGCAUUUCCGUUAUCUCUGAUUGAGUACUUGUGGCGAGCCAAGCAGCCCUACAAUGUCUCUGUUGCUGCUGAAGUGGCUGCAUGUGCAGCUCUUACUAAUCCAAAAUACUUGGAGGAUGUGAAGAACGCACUGGUGGAAGAAAGGGAGCGCAUGUUUGUGAAGCUGAAAGAGUUUUCCUUUCUGGAGCCAUAUCCCAGUCAUGCCAACUUCAUUCUGUGUUCCGUAACGGGCAACAAAACUGCCAGGGAACUGAAGGCUGCACUUGCUAAGGACGGAGUAAUGGUUCGCCACUACGAGAAGGCCGAACUACAAAACUAUAUUCGCAUUUCUGUUGGGAAGCCAGAACAGACUGACGCUGUGCUUGCCGCCCUGGCUAAAUUGCAAUGUUAACAAACUAUUUAUAUAAAGUUCUCAUGUUCGUUGGUUCUGUUGCAUUGUUA